GAACACACAUGUGACCCACACAAUCAUUUGUGAUCUCACAAAUUCGAAUUGUUUUUGUUUUCAACGAAAUGAUUCGUAAUGUACAGAAAUUAAAAUCUUUGCAAAACAUUUUUCCAUUACAUGAUGAAAUAUCCUAUUGUUUUGCUUAUGGUUCGGCUGUAUUUGAUCAAAGUAUUCAAAAUGGCAACACGGUCAAUAAUACACCGUCACCACCAUUGCCAUCAUCGAAAUCUCGAAUGGUCGAUUUAGUUUUAGCUGUUGAUGAUCCAAUCAGAUGGCAUCGAGCUAAUAUGUCGAAAAAUUGGUCACAUUAUUCUGGUUUACGUUAUUUUGGUCCAAAAAACGUUGCAAAUAUACAACGGAAAUUUGCUGCAAAAAUCUACUACAAUACAUUGGUUCCAAUCGAAUCGGAUCUAUUCAUUAAAUAUGGUAUAAUUUCUACUGAAGAUUUUCUCAACGAUCUACUGGAUUGGGAAACUCUUUAUCUAAGUGGUCGAUUACAUAAACCAAUAUUGGUUCUACAUGAAAAUAUCAAAUCAAAUGAUGAACAAGAUUUUUCCGUUCGUAAUCUAUACAAUGCUAUUGAAUUGAAUCGUCAUAGUGCAUUGCAUGCUGCAUUACUUUUGUUGCCAGAAAAAUUUACCGAAAAACAGCUUUAUAUGACUAUUGCUAAUCUAAGUUAUUCCGGUGAUUUUCGUAUGUGGUUUGGUGAAGAUCGUUCAAAAGUGGAAAAAAUUGUAUGGCCACAAAUGGAACGAUUUCGUCAUAUUUAUCAACCAUUAAUUCAAUGUGAUCGUUUUAAAAAUCUAUUACGAUGCUCAGAACAUCAACCAAAUGAUUUGGAUUGGAAUUUUGAACAAAAUUAUUCAAAUAAUUCUAUUCAAUGGCAUUUGAAUUUAUUACCAAAAACAGUUCAAUUAUAUAUUGGUCAAAAAUGGUUGGCUGAAAAUACGCUUCGAAAAUAUACAAGAAAUCGAUGGCAUACACGAAAAAUUGUACAUCAAUUUGAUAUCGAAGAUUUAAUGCAUUCGGUUGCAUCUGAUUUAGAAUAUCGUCGUUAUGUAGAACGUGCAAUACAAUGGAUUGUAUUUAGAUCAUCUGCAACACAAACGAUAAAAGGUUUUUUCACUGCUGGCCCAACCAAAUCGAUUGUUUAUAGUUGGGAGAAAAUUGUAAAAAUGUUUAAAAGUUUACCAUCAUCAUCAUCAACCUAAUCCAAUCAAAUCUCUUGACGAAUCUGAUUAGUGAUUGAUUUGAUUGAAUUUCGGAUUAAAAAGAUUCAAGUCUGUUUACUAUAUAUA